AUGGAUGCAGAAAACUCCACAAAACUCAUCCAAGCAAUUACAUGGAGGUCCACAUCAUCUCGAUCCUCAUCCUGUAAGAGUCUAGUAGCAUCAAGCUCCAAAAGCUCUUCAACAUGGACAGAGUUUAAGAAUGAUCUCUUUGAUGAUUAUGGAGGAAUGGAUUCGGGAAGCCAUUCACUGACGCUAGGACGGCUGUAUGCUUGGGAAAAGAAGCUUUAUGAAGAGGUUAAGGCUGGAGAUAGCACACGGAAAAUUUAUGAGAGGAAAUGCAACCAACUGAGAAAUCUAGAUGCCAAGGGAGAUGAUGGACUCACUGUGGACAAAACCAGGGCUGCAGUAAAAGAUCUGUAUAGCAGGAUCUUGGUGGCGAUUCGGAGCGCUGAAUCAAUCUCCAAAACAAUUGAGAAACUGAGAGAUGAAGAACUGCAGCCCCAAAUCAUUGAACUGCUACAAGGUCUGAUGAGAACAUGGAAGAUUAUGCUGGAGUCCCAUGAAAUCCAGAAUAAGAUCAUGUUUGAAGUAAAAACUUUCACCUGCCCCACAUUUGGAAAGCUGUGCAAUAACACUCACCGACUUGCAACACUUCAGCUUGAGGCUGAGCUUCAGAAUUGGCGUGCAUGCUUCAUGGAGUACAUUAUUGCACAAAAGGCGUACAUCAACGCGCUUCAUGGAUGGCUAUCCAAGUUUGUUGUCCCUGAAGUUGAACUUUACUCCAAGAGCUGGAGUUCACCCUCACCAUGUCAUUCAAAUGGUCCCCCGUUGCUCAUGAUUUGCCAAGAUUGGAUAGCUUCCAUGGAAAAGUUACCAGACAAGGCUGUUGCUUUUGCCGUAAAAAGCUUUGGAAAGGAUGUAAGGGCUAUGUGGGUUCAGCAAGGAGAGGAACAACAACAGAAGAGCAAAGUCGAUAGUCUGUCGAAGGAAUACGAGAGAAAGAUUCUGGCAUUCCAGAAGGCAGAGAAGAGGAUUUUUGAAUCCAAGCUAGCAGACCAUGAUUCAGAGCAAGAUAUUGAGCAUCGGGCUGAGAACUUGAGAGAGAGAAAGGAUUUGCUGGACAACUUCAGGAGGAAGGUAGAUAUGGAGAAAGAGAAACACCACAGUGGCAUGCAAGAAACACAGAGGAUAACAUUGAAUGGAUUUCAGACAGGGUUUGGUAGAGUUUUUGAGUCGUUGACAGAUUUCUCUAAAGCUUCUUUGAAAAUGUAUAAUGAUCUCUUGAACUACCAAGAGAAUUCUGAGAAAGUUGGGAAGCCAGCGUAUAUUGAAGACUCCCAAGUUGAAGAUGGCAACAGAUGAUCGAAAAACUACUAGGGAUGUUCUAGGCUUAAGGGUUUAAGGUGUCUGCAGUGAUUGUACAUUAGAUUGUGUCUAAGCAGCUCGCUGG